GUCUGCAAUGUAGGGGAUGGGUUGACUGAAAGAUCCGUACUCGCGACGAAGAAGCGUUUCUCGUGUUGGGAAGAGAAUAUAAAGACUUACGGGGUUUUUUUCGAGCUCUUUCCCUCGUUUUUGUGGGUAAAAUCUUUACGAAAGUUGCCACUGACCGUUAUCGUCAGUGUGUUUUAUGAGAAGGGUUACUGUUUUGGCGGAGAAACUUUCUAAAUAAGUGGCAUCGAGCCAGGCCAAAGGAGGUGAGUGUCAAGAUGGCCCAGUGGAACCAGUUACAGCAGCUGGAGACCAGGUACCUGGAGCAACUCUACCACUUGUACAGUGACAGCUUCCCCAUGGAGUUACGACAGUUUCUUGCGCCUUGGAUUGAGAGUCAGGACUGGGCUUACGCUGCCAAUAAGGAGUCACAUGCUACACUGGUGUUCCACAACCUCUUGGGAGAAAUAGAUCAGCAGUACAGCCGUUUCCUGCAGGAGAACAACGUGCUCUACCAGCAUAACCUCCGCAGGAUUAAACAGCAUCUGCAGAGCAAGUACUUGGAGAAACCGAUGGAUAUUGCUCGCAUUGUUGCCCGCUGUUUGUGGGAAGAACAGAGGCUGCUGCAGACUGCCACCUCUGCUACACAGGAUGGCCAGGCAGCCCAUCCCACUGGAACAGUAGUGACAGAGAAGCAGCAGAUACUGGAGCACAAUCUUCAAGACAUCAGGAAGCGGGUCCAGGAUAUGGAACAGAAGAUGAAAAUGCUUGAAAACUUGCAAGAUGACUUUGAUUUCAAUUACAAGACCCUAAAAAGCCAAGGAGAGUUGUCCCAGGAUCUAAAUGGAAAUAGCCAGGCAGCUGCAACGAGGCAGAAGAUGGCCCAGCUCGAGCAGAUGCUGAGCGCCCUGGAUCAGCUCAGGAGGCAAAUUGUUACGGAGAUGGGAGGCUUGUUGACUGCCAUGGACUAUGUACAGAAGAACCUGACAGAUGAAGAACUGGCUGACUGGAAGAGGAGACAGCAGAUUGCUUGUAUUGGAGGCCCUCCAAACAUCUGUCUCGAUCGCCUUGAAACUUGGAUUACAUCCUUGGCUGAGUCCCAGCUCCAAAUUCGUCAGCAAAUCAAGAAGCUGGAAGAGCUCCAACAGAAGGUGUCCUACAAAGGAGACCCCAUCAUUCAGCACCGGCCCGCACUUGAGGAGAAAAUUGUGGACUUGUUCAGAAACCUAAUGAAGAGUGCUUUUGUGGUUGAAAGACAGCCUUGCAUGCCCAUGCAUCCGGACAGACCUCUGGUUAUCAAAACAGGCGUGCAGUUCACAAAUAAAGUCAGGUUACUGGUAAAGUUUCCUGAGCUCAAUUACCAGCUGAAAAUUAAAGUUUGCAUUGAUAAGGAAUCUGGUGAUGUGGCUGCAAUUCGAGGAUCACGAAAGUUUAACAUCCUCGGUACUAACACAAAAGUUAUGAACAUGGAGGAGUCCAACAAUGGUAGCCUGUCAGCAGAGUUUAAACACUUGACCCUGCGAGAACAAAGGUGUGGUAAUGGUGGACGGACCAAUAGCGACGCCUCUCUGAUUGUCACUGAGGAACUGCAUCUUAUCACGUUUGAAACAGAGGUCUAUCACCAGGGCCUGAAGAUAGAUCUGGAGACCCAUUCCCUGCCUGUGGUAGUUAUAUCAAACAUCUGCCAGAUGCCAAAUGCCUGGGCUUCAAUCCUGUGGUACAACAUGCUCACUAACCACCCAAAGAACGUGAACUUCUUCACCAAACCUCCAGUGGGGACAUGGGACCAGGUGGCUGAGGUGUUGAGCUGGCAGUUCUCUUCCACCACCAAGAGAGGCCUGACCAUUGAACAGCUCACCACAUUGGCUGAGAAAUUACUAGGACCAUGUGUCAACUACUCUGGAUGCCAAAUCACCUGGGCCAAGUUCUGCAAGGAAAACAUGGCAGGCAAAGGCUUCUCCUUCUGGGUGUGGCUUGACAACAUUAUUGACCUGGUGAAAAAGUACAUUCUUGCACUGUGGAAUGAAGGGUAUAUCAUGGGUUUUAUCAGUAAGGAGAGAGAGAGAGCUAUUCUGAGUCCAAAACCUCCCGGUACCUUUCUGCUGCGCUUCAGCGAGAGCAGCAAGGAGGGGGGCAUCACCUUUACAUGGGUAGAGAAAGACAUCAGUGGAAAGACCCAGAUCCAGUCAGUGGAGCCUUACACCAAGCAGCAGCUCAACAGCAUGUCGUUUGCUGACAUCAUCAUGGGCUACAAGAUUAUGGAUGCCACCAAUAUCCUGGUUUCACCUCUUGUCUACCUAUAUCCUGAGAUUCCCAAAGAGGAAGCCUUUGGGAAAUACUGCAGGCCAGAAGCAGCUCCUGAAGCCGAGAUGGGAGGAGACUCAACGAGCACUAUUCAGCCUUAUUUGAAGACAAAGUUCAUCUGCGUUACCCCGUGUCCCUCCGUCUUCAUGGACUUGCCGGACAGUGAACUGCUUGGGAACGGAUUCCCAGGCACAAACUCUGGAAACACCAGUGACCUGUUCCCCAUGUCACCCCGGACCCUUGACUCCCUGAUGCACAACGAAGCAGAAGCUACUCCAGGGCAUAUGGAUUCACUCACUUUGGAAAUGGAUGUAGCAUCGCCUAUGUGAAAAGAGUCAUCGAGUAGUUCAGCCACUUCCUUCUUUGUUGGGUUUCAUAUUAUGUUAGAGAAUUUCUUGAUUCAUUUUUCUCUCCACACAUAGUGUGCCUGUACAGUUUGUUUCUUUUUCUAUGUAAAAAAUUUCUCACUUUCACACAAUAGGGAAGGCAGUUGGUCUUGGAAGGUUUUCUUUUGAAACAGAAUUGGCACUUACUCUUUUUUUUUAAUGGUUCUCCUUAUAAUUAAUAGAUUUUUUUUCUUUUUUUUUCAAGUACAUUAAACAUUUAAGCACGAGUUAUAGGUUGUUUACUUUUAGAAAAAUUAUGAAUAAUGUCUUCUUUUAUUUGAAUGACAAAAUGUAAUGAGAGUAAUUGUUGUAUAAGCUAGGCUUUUUCAGUGUCCCUGCCAAACGCAGCAUGGUGUCGUUGUUUCACCCUAUCUUGAUUGUAUAAAACGGUUUCUCUUUCAUUAUGCUUUUUACACAAAUUGGAAUAUUUCUUGUAUUUGUUUCAGCCAAUCGAGGUGUGUAAAGAGACAAGAAAUUUCUGACAAUUGUGAAAUUAUUUUCAUGUAAAGUUUGUUUUUUUUUCUCCUUUAGCAUUGUGAGAAGUUAUGAAAUGCAGUUUUUGUCAGCUCACGGUUUGAAAUGUUUCGUUUUAAUAUUGUACAAUUUAAGCCACAUGUUUCUUUGUCUUGUAGUGAAGGCUCCUAUUAAUGGUGCCAGAAAGACUAGCACAAGCAGCAAUCCCUCUGUAGACCUUCACAACAUGAUUUUGCUUUGUGUAACUGUGAUAUUUUGGUGUCAGACCACAGGGUGCAAUGCGUGGUGGGGUCAUUCAGUAUUUGGCGUGGUAUUUUUAGUGGAAUAGACAACUCAAAACUGCACCUGUUAUUGCCACAGUGUAAAUCUGCUGUCAGUUUGGCAGUUUUAUCAGCAAGAGUUACAGAACUAGAAAACGGCGUUGUGCUCAAAAUGUAAAUAAACCAUUUUAAUGAAUUACUCCUCA